AAAUAAACUACCAUUCAUUCACCUAGGUUAGAAAAGCAGCAGGAACUAUUUCAAAGAAGAAAAAAAGAAACAAAAAGCAGUAAUCAGUACAUUUAAAAGAAAAUUUUAUAUGUUUGGAUAAUUUUUUUUAUUAUCUUUCUCUUGUUGUAUGUUGGCUACUCAAAAAAAAGAAAAAAAGAAAUUGUAUGUUGGCAAUAAUAUAUUAAGAAGCCAGGAUUGAGAAAAUUGAGUCAGAUAUAAUGGCAGUGGUGGUGGCGGCCAUGACAAACAGAGCUCCAAAGCUCUGCUACUCAUACUCAUCAAAUCACCAGUUUUUAUUAAAACCCACAAAAAAGAAGCUAAUGGGUUCUCCAAAAUUCAUCUUCGACGCCCAAAAUCUAUCAUCAAACUCAAUCCUAAAGCUAAAAGGACCUUAUCCUCCUAUCCAUGCCUCUAAUUCUCCACCAGAAGAAAAUAAUUCCGCCAUUAAUGAUGCCAAAACUAUCUCUCAGGAGGACUUGAGUUUUUUGUGGAAAUUAGGAGCUGGUUCUGUUGCAGGUGCAGCUAUAAUAAAGUAUGGAAGCAUUCUUUUCCCUGAGAUAACAAGACCCAAUAUCUUACUGGCUCUUGCUAUAGUAUUAACUCCUGUAUUUCUGGCCAUUGUGCUAUUGAUUAAGCAAAGUCGACGAUUGAAGUGAGAGAGCUCAUUUCUGUUGUGUAUUCGUAAAAGAAAUGUAAAUGACCCAUUUUGCAUAUAUGUGAAUAGUCCAUGUUUCCAUGCG